AUGGGAAAAAUCAUUGUAGAAAAUCUUACUUCACCUAGUCAUCCAACUUUAAAAUAUAAUGAAAUUGAGAAGAAAAAUAUCAAUCUUUCAUCUGUUAAAAUAGAAGUUGAAGAAGAAGAACAAAAAGAAAUGGAUUUAAGUUUCUAUGAUGGGUCACCAGAUUGGAUCAGAUCUACUCCAACAAUGAUCACUGGUGCUGAUUCAGAUUCAAUUGACUAUAAAAUUUCUUCAGAUAGUAGUGGGUAUUCGUAUUCUGAUGGGGACGAAUGGUCUCCUUUAAAAGAUUUUUCUUGUUACUUCAAUUUCAACCAACAACAAGAUGCACAUGAGUUCUUACAAUGCUUUCUCAAUCAACUUGAAACCUGUUGUUACUAUUUGGAGACAAAAGACAACGUAGUGAAGGAGGCCUUUGGUGGCCGUUUUAUGAGCAAGCUCCGUUGUUGCAAUUGUGGCCAUUCAUCCAUCACACGCGAGCCUCUAAUCGACAUAAGCUUGGAAAUUGAGGGCAUUGACAGUGUACCAGCAGCAUUUGAAUCCUUCACUAAAAUUGAGAAAAUUGAGUUUUAUUGUAAAAGAUGCAAGACAUAUGGGCCAUUUGAGAAGCAACUCCUCGUCGAUCAGGCCCCUACUGUUGCUGCCCUACAUUUGAAGAGAUUCAAAAAUAACGGUUUAGUUUCUCAGAAGGUGGAAAAUCAUGUUUCAUUUCCUCUUGAAUUAGACAUUCUUCUUUAUACAAACAACAUCAAUAAUGUGAUUAUAGUGCAUUCUGGACCUUCAAUAUCUUCGGGACAUUAUUACAUCUUCAUUCGUUGUGCUCCAAAUGAAUGGUACAAAUUUAACGAUGAGAAGGUUGAUUAUGUACAAGAAGAUCUUGUUUUGGCAGAAAAUGCAUAUAUUUUGCUAUAUACAAAGAAAGGCACUUUGUGGUUUGCAGAUUAUGUUGAAAUCCACAGGCCCUUCGUAGAUCUGAUAAUGGCCACAACAUCCAAUGAUUUUUCAUAUGAGACAUCGCUGAAGCCUGCACUCAACGAGAUUGAGGAUAAUGGUUCACAUGUUCAGGUUUAUGGUGAAGAUCAAUUUCAGAACGUGGAAACAAAGAAGGAUAAUGAAUUGAUGGAUGCGUUGAAGUGCAACUAA